AUGCCCCGUUGUGCCCUCGUCACCGGUUGUAGCGCUGGAGGCAUUGGCUCGGCCCUGGUGGAGGAACUCCACGCUCAAGGGCUGAGGGUUUACGCAACAGCCCGCUCUCCAGCCAAAAUGAGUCACCUUGCAAAACUACCCAAUGUUACUCUUGUUACCCUCGACGUCGCUGACCUGACCAGCAUUGCCGCUGCCAUCGAUACUGUCCGCCAGGAUUUGUCUUCGCGUGGUGACUCUCUCGAUAUUCUCAUCAAUAACGCCGGGCAAUCUCUCAUCUAUCCUGCCAUAGAUACCUCCAUAGAUGAGGCCAAGCGUCUUUUCGAUGUGAAUUUCUGGGGUGUCAUCGCUGUCACCCAGGCUUUCAUGCCGUUGCUUCAGGCUGCCAAGAAUGGCAGUACCCUCGUGAACGUUUGCUCCAUAUCGGGCUUCUUGUACGCCCCCUGGAUGAGUGUCUACAACGCCUCAAAGGCCGCUCUAAUGUCUUGGAGCGAGACUCUCCGGUUGGAACUGCAGCCUUUCAACAUCCGGGUUAUUUCCCUGGUCACCGGAGCCGUCGCCACAAAUAUUAUGUCGCAUUCUGACCUGACCCUGCCAGAAAACUCACUUUACCAGAAGGCACUCUCGGAUAUUCAACUACGCGGCGUCGGAAAAGAUGUCUCGAGUAGGAGCGCGCCGGCGGAAUUUGCUCGCGAGGUUGUCAAGGAUAUCUUUGGAGGAGCGUCGGGACCAGUGUGGCAUGGCGCGAUGGCUUCCAUGGUGAAAUUUACAUCUAAGUAUAUGCCGACAACCGUUUUAGACCGGGUAAUGAAGGGAGGGACUGGGCUGGACAAGUUGCCUUGA